CCGGUGCUUCUCUUCUUCCGCCGGUCCGAGUCAACAUGGGGCGCGUCAGGACCAAGACAGUCAAGAAGGCCGCAAGGGUCAUCAUCGAGAAAUACUACACACGUCUGGGCAGUGACUUCCACACCAACAAAAGAGUGUGCGAGGAGAUCGCCAUCAUCCCCAGCAAGCCUCUGCGCAACAAAAUUGCAGGAUAUGUGACUCACCUGAUGAAGCGUAUCCAGCGCGGUCCAGUCAGAGGAAUCUCCAUCAAGCUGCAGGAGGAGGAGAGAGAGAGGAGGGACAACUACGUCCCAGAGAUUUCUGCUCUGGACCAGGAACUCAUCGAAGUGGAUCCAGACACAAAAGAAAUGCUCAAGAUGCUGGAUUUCGGCAACCUCUCCAACCUUCAAGUCACUCAGCCAACUAUUGGAAUGAGUUUCAAAACACCACGCGGACUGUAAAAUCAUGUGUAAUUAUACUCUUAAUAAAGAGACAUAAUUAUCAAAAA